AUGCGUGGUGUCCGGAGAAGUAGUAAAGUGUUGGAACGAGUAACAUCAAGAAGUCCAAAGAAGGAAGCGAGUAUCAACCAUAGAGUUUCUUCAACCAAAUUUACACCAGAUAAAACUUUUAAUACUGUUGACGAUAAUUUAGGAACUUUCUACAAACGCAAAAAAUUCUGUGAAAAAAAUUUUCCGUAUGUCAGUCCCAUUCAAAUUCCUGUCAAUAAUUCAAGUUCCAAGAAAAAACAAUUUUUUCAUUAUGUGCCUUUAAAAGAAACUAUUAAACAAUUAUAUGAUAAUAAAUCACUAAGUCAUAAUUUAGUAUUUGAUAUCCCGAAAUAUAAUAGUAAAAUAUUGAAAGAUUUUACAGAUGGUAGUGUGUUUAAGAAUAAUCCAUUUUUUAAAGACAAUCCUAACGCAGUUCAACUGAUAUUAUAUCAAGAUAGCUUCGAAAUUGUAAAUCCCAUAGGUUCUGCUAAAUCUAAAUAUAAAAUCUUAGCUGUUUACUUCAGUAAAGGAAACUAUCCAGAUAAAAUAAGAUCACAUGUUAAUUCAAUGUAUCUCGUUGCAUUAUGCAAGGAAAAAUUAUUUGAUCAUACUAAAGUUUUUGGUAAAGUCAUUCAAGACAUAAAAGAUAUUGAGACUGAUGCUAUUGAAAUAUCUCCUGGGAAAGUUGUAAAAGGCUCUUUAGUGUUUGUAACUGGUGAUAAUCUGGGAAGCCGCGGACUAGGGAGAUUCGCUGAAAAUUUUAGCAAAACUCAGUACUUUUGCAGAUACUGUCUAGUGACCAAAAAAUCUUUUGAAACCACAAACGGUGUAUUUAAGAAUAAUCCGAUAAGAACUGUUGAAUCGUAUAAGAUCGUUAUCACUAAAUUAAAUAGAAAAAAAUCCACGUGUUCACAAAAAAAAGCUAAUAAAAAACCUUUAUUGAUACAGGGAAUAAAAUUUGAUUGUGUUUUUAAUCAAUUAAAUUAUCACGUUCGUCUUUCUGGAUUACCUCCUUGUCUUGGACAUGAUAUUUUUGAAGAUGUUCUUGCCUAUGACCUGAAAUUGUAUCUUGAUGAUCUUGUUGACAAAGGUUGGUUUUCAUAUAAAUUACUCAAUCAUCGAAUUGAAAUUUUCGAUUACUCAGUAGAAGAUCAACGGGAUAAGUAA